GGUCGAGCAUCGAUGCUGUUACACUCCCCCCUGAUCACGGUGGCUAUCAGGUUAUGGCUAGGGACAUUUUCCGGAAUAUCGUAUACGCUGAUAUCACAAUGUUUGCUCAGGAAAUGACUCCUGGUGCGACAAUUUGUGCGGAGCAUCCUGAUUUGACAAAGUUUGAGUCAACCCGCCCAUUCCUUGAAGAAAAAUACGACGUAGUCUUUUGCGGAGGGGCUGUGAGCAAAACUCACCCUAGGGAAGGAUACCGGGACGAGUGUGAAGCGUCGCGCCUAACGAGUUCAGAAUUGGUCUUUGCAUUGAAUCGUCUCAAGUCUGGAGGAUCACUAGUCCUUCUUCUACACCGUGUCGAGUCUUGGGACACAGUAUGCUUACUCCACGCCUUUGAUCAGUUCUCCGAUAUUCAGCUGUUCAAACAUCAAACGUAUCACGCCCUUAAAUCUUCAUUUUAUUUGGUUGCGAAGAACAUUGAUUUGGAGCACAACACUGCAAAGCUUUCACUGCGUUAUUGGAAAGAUCUCUGGAAAUAUUUAACCUUUAAAAAUUUCGAGAACGUUGUGCCACUCUCUUCAAGUCUUUAUGAACCUAAGAGCGAGAUUAUUGGCCAGUUACGAGAUGAAUUUGGCUCUCGGUUCAUAGAGCUUGCGCAAACAAUUUGGAUGGUUCAAACUCAAGCACUCCGUAACGCAGACUUUACGUGAAUACUUACCUCAUUAUGGCGGAUAUCGACCAGCCUGUAUUAUUCAGAUAUAGGAGAGAGGAAGCCGUACCUAAACAGUCGGCAGUGAACCUGUUUCAGAGUAGGGUUGUCGGCUUUCAUGAUCUUCGGUCUCGUGCUUGCGCGUAUUAUAUGUCCAUCAAAGCUGUUCCCGGUGUUUACUUGUUUUAGUUCAAUUCUGGGGCUUCAAAAAGUGAC